UAGAGGCUGUGAAACUGCCCUCUAGCUCCAGGUCAACAUCAACCAUGAACCAGCUACAUGUCGCUCUGGUGGUUUGCUUCGGAGUUGCUUUAUGGAGUCGUUUUUCCAUUUCUACAUCAGUGGUGCAGUUGACUGCCAGACCUGGAGAAAACAUUCUUCUCUACUGUGACUGCAAGCAGUCAUCUGGAGUGUAUAUUGUUUGGUACAAGAAUUCUUCACAUGAAGACAAACCAACUCUUGUUCUAAAUGUAAAGACUGAUUUUGGAACAGAAAAGAUAUUUCCUCGUUUCAAAUUUCUGAAGAACUUUACAUUUGAUUCCUAUGACCUGCUGAUUGUGCACGCCAGCAAUUCUGAUGAAGGGCUCUAUUACUGUGGAACUAAAGAGACAAAGGUGGAGAAAGACAAAAAUAAAAAUAUGUUGCAGAAGACAAUCCACCAAUAUGGCAACAUCAUCACAAAGAUCACACUUGAUCAAACUGUUUGUCAUUCAAAUAUCACCCAGACUGCAGAGGACUGUGCUGCAUGCUGGAAGAUGCUCUUUUCCCUCUGUCCAGCUCUUGCUCUUCUUUUUGUCCUCAUUUCCUCAGCUACAGUUUAUCUGAUUUACCAGAAAGCAGCUAAAAAAGCUCAAGAAAACAAUAGGAGACUUGAAAUGAGAAGACAAACCAGGGAAACACAGGAUGAAAAUGUUUGCUACGCAGCUCUCGAAAUCCAUCGACCAUCGCAGAGACCAAAGAGGAAGAGGAAAACCCAGCCUUCAGACUUCAGCACAUAUUCUGACCUCAAAACAUCUGUGGUGUAGGAGAUUGACACUGAACUCUGAAGUUUUAGUCCUGAACAAUAAGUACCAGUUGUGCUCUUUCUCCCAUUCCCUAAGAAUUUAAUGGCAGAUUUAAAAAAAAUAAAUUAUGUAUUUCAGAAAACUUAUUUUUGUUUUUUAACAAUAAAACCAUUGUACAUCAUCCCAGACCUAAUUCCAAAACAUGUUUAAAGGCGUAUAUGUCCUACAUUCAUUCUGGGUUUUUUUUUUUUAACAUUUCUUCUAUGUAGCAUAUACAUUGACAAAACAAAGUAAUUUUUCUCUGCCUCUUUUCCAGUACAACCCAAUUGUCAUAUUUUGUCAUUUAGAAUUUUUCUCUGUGGACCCCAAUUUUUAUUCUUAAAAGUGACUAUUGGUUAAAAUUGCUAAAAUUAAAAUUAAAUUUGACGUUUAAUAUGACCUUGUAAAACCUGCUUUCUAUUUUACAAAAAAAUCACUAUUAGGGGUCCCUGUCGGCCUUGAGACCUUAAGCAGCAGGUUAGUUUGUUUGUCUUGGAGCUCUUUAGGUUGCCUUUGUACUAAGAAAGCUUUUACCAUGAAAUAAUACUGAACGUGUAAGAACUUCAGGAAUUUAUAAGUUGAAGGUCAAGUUUUAGAAUUAUAUACAUGCAAAAUACAUUUUAAAAGCAGAAUAUGAAUUCACAUGACAGUUUAAGACUAAAUAGAAAAAGAAAACCUAUGGAACACCAAAAGUGACAAAAUUCCAAAAUCAAACAAACAACACCAGAUUCUAACAAAGGGAAUAAAAUAAUAAUAAUUAAAAAAGUAAUUCACCAGCUAGGUUCUUCCAAUUUAAUUCUUAUGCAAAUGACGAAAACUAAAUAAUAAAGGGCAAGAGUUAAUGCAUUUUUAAUAUCAGCUUGUUUUAACAAAUUGAAGGCCAAAAAUAGGCUAUUUUGGAUGGUCAUAUGAAGAGCACAUUAACAUAGUUUCCACCAUAAUGAUAAAAACAAAUUUUCUUGAGAAGUGGAUUAAGUAAAACUUUAGUUCUUGAAGUCAAUAGACCAAAAUUAAAAGCAAAGUGUGUCAAAGAGCAAUAAAGAAAUUAUCUUCAAGCCUGCCAUCUCUAUACAUUACAAACCAAUUAAUCUAGCCACAGCCUGGGUUGUAGGAAUUCCAUUCCAAAUGGUUUCCUAUGAUGUAUCCUUUCCUGCUAUGUUUUCUGUGAAGGCUCUCAGCAAGGUUACAGAGUGUUUGUUGGUAUUUUUAAUUCUUCUAAAAAAACAUUAUACCUGUUUCUGCAUUUUAUAAGUACUACUUAAAAAUAAACAUCUUUUCAUAUUG